AUGUCCCGCAAAUCCCCCGAUCGGCAGGACGAGAAGGUGGAUGUUAUUGUUGACGUCGGCACUGCCAAUAACUCUGUAGAGAACCUAUACGAAGAUGGUGUCUUGGAUCCAGUGUAUCAUGCAAAAACCUUGGUUUUAAACCGUGCUGUACAGGAGUUGGGGAUGGGCAAGUAUCAGUACAUGCUCUUUUUCAUCGCCGGCUUUGGAUGGUUCGCAGAUAGCGUCUGGCCUCUCAUCACCGGAUUAGUUCUCGCACCAAUCGUCGCUGAGUUUAAGUUCAACCCUCCGUUCCUUAGCUUGGCUGUGAAUGCUGGCUUAUUGGUCGGAGCGAUAUUUUGGGGACUUGGCUGCGACAUCUGGGGCAGAAAAUUGUGCUUCAACGUAACGUUGUUCAUUGCAGGCGUCUUCGGGCUUGCAUCCGGGGGGUCGCCGAAUUUCGUUACUGUGGCUUCCCUGCUGGCUGUCAUGGGUGUUGGCGUUGGAGGCAACCUGCCCGUUGAUUCUGCCGUUUUCUUGGAUCUCGCUCCGGCAUCGCAUCAGUACUUGUUGACCUUCAUGUCAGUGUUCUGGUGUCUAGGACAAAUCUUUGUUAAUUUGAUCGCCUGGCCCUUGAUCGCGAACUUUUCUUGUUCAUUCACGGCUACGACGUGCCAACGUUCCGAAAACAUGGGCUGGAGGUACCUGCUCUUUGCCCUAGGCGGUCUUACCAUCCUUCUCUGGAGCAUUCGCUUCUUCGUCUUCGAUCUCAUGGAAAGUCCUCGGUACCUCGUCGGAAAGGGCAAAGACGAAGAUGCCGUGAAAAUCAUCCACAAAAUUGCGGAGUAUAAUGGCACAACGUCAACUUUGACUGUGGAUCAACUGGCAUCUGUUGGGAAAUUGCAUGGUGAAAGCGGCACGAAGGAGAGUCCGAAGGGAAUCUUGAGCAGGACGUCAGUAUACACAUUCGAGCACAUCAAGUCUCUGUUCCGAACGCCGAAGAUUGCCUAUUCGACGAGCCUGUUGAUCGCGGUCUGGGGUAUUAUUGGACUGGCAUCGACGUUGUAUAACAACUUCCUUCCUUAUCUUCUCGUCAACCGCGGAGCGCGUUUCGGCGACGCAUCUUUGAAUAUUACCUAUCGCAAUAACUUGAUAAUCAGCGUUGUCGGUAUUCCUUCAGCUUUCCUUGCGACAAUCCUCGUCGAAAUUCCCUUCCUCGGUCGCAGGGGAGCUCUCGCACUUUCAUCGGGGCUCACCGGGGCCUUUUUGCUCGCUAGCACAACCGCCCGAAGCAGUAAUGCGCUGCUCGGGUGGAACUGUGGGUAUGCUUUGAACAGCAAUAUCAUGUAUGGCGUUCUAUAUGCCAUCUCUCCAGAGAUAUUCCCUGCCAAAGAUAGAGGUACUGGUAACGGAUUGGUCUCCACCGCUUCUCGCGUCUUCGGCCUCAUGGCGCCAAUAAUCGCACUCUACGCUGACUUGACCAGUGAGGUUCCUGUCUAUGUUGCCGGCGCUUUGGUCAUUUUCGCUGGAAGCUUGGCCUUGCUUCUUCCUUAUGAGCCGCGAGGCAAGGCGUCCAUGUAG